AUGCCAGCUGUUGUGGCAGCCUUUGGACAGCCAUACAUCAACAAGGCCAUUAUUAACAUGAGCUUCAGUCAAUCACAAGCUGCCCAUGCGCGACUCCCUGAAGGUCUCUGUGCUAUGUGGGCUGUCAUAGUCGUAGCGCGGCUUGAUGCGAAGCUUCCAUCAUGGGAUCAAGCAGCCGAGCUAGAAGCAAACCGGGACGGGCGAUGGGCUUCCUGGGCGCGAAGCGCCUUCGAAGACUUCGCACUAACAUUUUCUGAUUACCAGCCCGAUGUGGGGUGGACGGUAGUGCCAACUUCUGUUGCCAAUUCUCUGUUAGGAGAGCUUGUCCGAACCGCCUCCAACUAUUACCAAGACAGCGACCGCGAAUUCAUGCAACUCUGUACCAUGCUGCGAGAGUUUCAUAGAAAGCUGCAUAUACAUAGGGCUGUAAGCCUUGGGAGCUUUGCCUACAGCAUGCAAGAGUCUAUCCAUGAUCUGGUUCGGCAGCUUCUCGACCCAUCCGUGUCAGAGAUUAUCAUAACAGUCAACACAAUGACUGCGAACAUGAGCGCUAAUGAUCUGUCUCCAGCUGUAGAUGAGUACGUUCAAGCGCAAGCUUCCAUACUGACUAAUAACAUAGAGGUUUUCGUGCGUCAACAGACGUCGCUCAUACUGCGGGGCGAAACGGACCUUUGUAGUGAUGGUAUUGUCGAUGCUAUACGGGCGCCCCUUCGCGACCAUGUUAGAGAGGCGCUUAAUCGUCUCAUGGCCGGUUUUCAGUCAAUUUCCAGUAAAGAGAUCGACAUGGGGGACUUUGAAGCGCGGUUCAUGCUCAGUGUCUUCUUUCGCGAUGUUGCGCGAUUUUUCUCGUACGCAAGCCCUCUUCUGCGACACUACUGGGAACCAGAUUUCCAUUCGUCUGAUGCAGAUGAUUCAGAUGGCAUCAUUAUCGAUGAUGGAGAUCGGGUGUGGUACUGGCAAGAGUAUGAGCUGAGUGAGCUAGAAGAUGUGCUCACUGGUCCGGAAAACGUCGACAUUGAUCGAGUCAGUAUUCCCGUGACUGUCCUGCAGCCGUUCGAUUGUUCUAUCUGUCUCGACCAGCAUACCGAGAUUCGUCAGCUCAAUGCGUGCAGCCAUGCAUUCUGUGGAGAGUGCUUGAGCAGUCAGUUACAAACGCACCAUCCUGGCCGCUACACGUGUGCAUCGUGCCGGGCGGGCCUUCUAAUUUAA